AUGGAGAUGGGAAUGAAGCUACUGGCCAGUGAAGCUGCCACACUCCGAUACUUAAGGGUACAUAGCGAUAUCCCAGUCCCAACAGUAUACGACUACUGUGCUUCUUCCGCCAACGAUAUUGGUAUCCCAUUUAUUCUCAUGAGCAAAGCGCCGGGAUGGCCACUCUCGAAAGUCUGGAAACCGGCGGGUUCUCCUCAGCGUGACCUAGACACAUCCACCAAGGCAAGAAUUCUCACACAGUUGGGCGGCAUUACCUGGAAGCUCUCCCAGUUGCGCUUCGAGAGAAUCGGCUCACUCUUCGAAGAAGAGGGGUCCUUCCAAAUGAAGGAAUGCCUCUCACGUGGUCGCAUCUUACAUGAACGAUACGAUCUGGAGACCUCGCGUGGGCCUUUCACUUCUGAGGCAGAGUUCUGGGACAGCCUCAGUUCCGCGUUCGUGGAGCACGCAGAGGCUCUGCCGUUGUCGCAUCAUUGCUUCAUGGCACCUGUUCCCUCGCCCGAGGAUUACCAGUCCGGCAUGGAAUACAAGAACGCUGUGUGCCUAUGGAACGACUUCGUGACCGUUGGAGGCAAAAUCGACUCAUCGAAGAACAGAUUGGAUUACAUCAUCGUCGGCAAUGCUCUUCGCGACAUUUUACAUGGUGGUCAACUUCCAGCCAUCAUUCCGGAGACGUUUCCCUUGUGCCACGCUGAUCUGAGUGUCAAUAACAUAUACGUCGAUGACGACUAUAAUAUCACGUGCAUAAUUGACUGGGCAUUUGCCUCAUCCAUCCCCGAAUCUAUGUUCGUAGCCGCCCCAGGAUUACCACAAUACCGCGACGAAAUUAUUUCAGACUUACGUACCUCGUUCACUGAUGGUUUUAUUGCUGCCAUGCCCGGCGCCGUCGAGAAGAGUUUGAUCAACAGUUAUCGCGAAUCACUUGAUCGGGCCCACGUCGCCUGGAGCUUGAGUCGCCUUCUCGGCCUUGAUUCGAUCGCUGACUACGACCUCUUUUCUACCGUAUGGCAUUUUGCACAUGGUCCUGACGCCGAUGUGGGACAAUAUCUUCUACAACAGCGGCGUUCGCCCCGAUAUGUCCAGUUUUAUCACGAAAUGCAAAAACAGGAUCAGCAACCAUCAAAGAUCGAGAAGAAGGAAAAGGAAUAUUUUCACGACAACGAUCUCAGAUCCACAAUCGCAAAGAAGCUGACGGUUAUGUCGGAAUGGAAAACUCGAUAUACCAUUAGCAAUCCGCCACCAAGGCUUCGUCAAGACAUGUUUGUCGCCGGCCCCAAACUGUGGAAGUGGAUCAUGCGAUUCAUGCGAGACUGGGAAAACUUACGAUGACCCGUUUAUGCAAGCAAGGAACCCAAUAAGGGCUCACGGGGGAAGCCUUUCAUGCGAGCUAGGCCUCGCAGUUGCAAAAGCGGCAUAUAGCGGCAGAGAAC